AUGAUCUAUGGACGCAGUUUGUUUCACAUUGUAGCAAGUUUAAUCAUCGUCCAUUUGUCUGGGGCAACCAAGAAAGGAACAGAAAAGCAAACCACCUCAGAAACGCAGAAGUCUGUGCAGUGUGGAAGUUGGACAAAACAUGCAGACGGAGGUGUCUUCACCUCUCCGAACUAUCCCAGCAAGUACCCCCCUGACCGGGAGUGCAUCUACAUCAUAGAAGCUGCCCCAAGACAGUGCAUUGAACUUUAUUUUGAUGAAAAGUACUCUAUUGAACCUUCUUGGGAGUGCAAAUUUGAUCAUAUUGAAGUUCGAGAUGGACCUUUUGGAUUUUCUCCAAUAAUUGGGCGUUUUUGUGGACAACAAAAUCCACCUGUAAUAAAAUCCAGUGGAAGAUUUCUAUGGAUUAAAUUUUUUGCUGAUGGAGAGCUGGAAUCUGUGGGAUUUUCAGCUCGAUACAAUUUCACACCUGAUCCUGACUUUAAGGACCUUGGAGUUUUGAAACCAUUACCAGUGUGUGAGUUUGAGAUGGGCGGCCCUGAAGGCAUUGUGGAGUCUAUACAAAUUAUGAAGGAAGGCAAAGCUUCUGCUAGCGAGGCCGUUGAUUGCAAGUGGUACAUCCGAGCACCUCCACGAUCCAAGAUCUACUUACGAUUCUUGGACUAUGAGAUGCAGAAUUCAAAUGAAUGCAAAAGGAAUUUCGUGGCGGUGUAUGAUGGAAGCAGCUCCGUGGAGGAUCUGAAAGCCAAGUUCUGUAGCACGGUGGCCAACGACGUCAUGCUCCGUACAGGUCUCGGGGUCAUCCGCAUGUGGGCGGACGAGGGCAGUCGCAACAGCCGGUUUCAGAUGCUCUUCACAUCCUUUCAAGAACCUCCCUGCGAAGGCAAUACAUUCUUCUGCCACAGUAACAUGUGUAUUAAUAAUACGUUGGUUUGCAAUGGACUCCAGAACUGUGUGUACCCUUGGGAUGAAAAUCAUUGUAAAGAAAAGAGGAAAGCCAGUCUGCUGGACCAGCUGACCAACACCAGCGGGACUGUCAUUGGCGUGACUUCCUGCAUUGUGAUCAUCCUUAUUAUCAUUUCUGUCAUUGUGCAGAUCAAACAGCCUCGUAAAAAAUAUGUGCAAAGGAAAUCGGACUUUGACCAGACAGUUUUCCAGGAGGUGUUUGAGCCCCCUCAUUAUGAGUUAUGCACUCUCAGAGGGACAGGAGCUACAGCUGACUUUGCAGAUGUGGCCGAGGACUUUGAAAACUACCAUAAACUGAGGAGGUCCUCUUCCAAAUGCAUUCAUGACCAUCACUGUGGAUCGCAACUGUCCAGUACGAAAGGCAGCCGCAGCAACCUCAGCACAAGAGAUGCUUCUGUCUUGACAGAGAUGUCCCCACAGCCCGUCAAACCCCUCAUCCCACCCAUGAACAGAAGAAAUAUCCUCGUCAUGAAACACAACUACUCCCAAGAUGCUGCAGAUGCCUGUGACAUCGACGAGAUCGAGGAGGUGCCGACCACGAGUCACAGGCUGUCCCGACACGAUAAAGCCGUCCAGCGGUUCUGCCUCAUUGGGUCUCUAAGCAAACAUGAAUCUGAAUACAACACAACUAGGGUCUAA